GUAUGGACUUAAAUCAGCUUGGAAAUGCAUCAAAGCCUUCUGGCUAUCAUGUUGCACGUAGCAACUGCUGUGACAUGUUGGAGACAAGGAUGGCAUUAUUUCGAGGUCUUCAACUUGGCCCAUCUUUUUGCUGUGUAAAACUUGGACGACCCAGUCGUCACGCCUACAAUACCAAAGUCUCGAGGCUGCGCUAGGAACUGCAAUUUCCAGCGUUUCGCAGUCGACUAUUUAUGGGAUGACUCCUGCGAAAUGAUGGAAUGCAGCACAGUAAACUUCAAGAAUCAGAGGGGCAAAACUGGGAUUGCCCAUCUCAGUGCAAUGGAAGGACAACCGUCUUUCCAGCCGAUGCGAAGUUUCCAGUUAUUGCCGCAAACCGCUCAGUCGACUACAGGGAAACUCCUGUGCGGUUUGGUACUUUUGGAAGUCGAGCUUGUUGCAGUCAGCUGAUACGAAUACGUUGAUGAAACGGUACUUAUACCUGUAGCCCAAAAGCAGGACGGUACAGUCGACAGGAAAUAACUCCUGUGCCGUUCGCUUCGUGGCUGCCUCCUCCAGACUUGCCCAGAACAUCCGAACUUCUCUUUUCCGAGCAGCGUCCAUUCGUCUUCAUAAUCUACAUUAGGACUGUUGUGGUUAGCCGACAGGACUAGAUCACAGCCCAAGAGCAGGCGGUACAGUCGACAGGAAAACUCCUGUGCCGUUCCGAUUGUUCUCUUUGACUGCGUCAAGUCUUCGCAUUUGGACGGAUGGGAAACUCCGUUCAUGUUUGAGAAUCCGCCAUCUUUCAGCGCGCCUGGGCCUAGAUUGAAAAUGUUUGAUUUUUUCGGUUAUCACUCUGGCCGACUUCAAGAAUCCUGACCCACGUCGUAUGCAAAUCAACUUGACCGGAUUCCUUAAUGGCAAAAACGCGAGAAUCCUAAUGACCGAAUUGUGGGAUCUUCUUCUAUCUGCCCAAGAGUCUUCUGCUGGAAUUCCCGAGGUCUUUAUGGCUCAAAAGAAAGAAGAAAUCAAACUGCGAAAAGAAGAGCAAGAUCGGAUUCAAGAGGCAAUUAAAAAGGCUGAUCGUGAUAGACGAGCUGACCGAGACAAAGAACGCAAUGAACGAAAUGAUAAGAAAACUUCCAAAGAUAGAAGCCGUAGCCCAAACAAGGAUAGGGUGAUCAAGAAAGAAGAUAAUCCUCGUUCCCCACCUCGUCGUGAUGGGCGACGUCCUUCACUAGAACGUCGAUCUCCUAACCGAAAUAAGACGUCACCCCCACCACGUCGUCGUUCACCUGCCAGAUCGCCUGCACGGCGGUCUCCGCGCCGUUCCCCUCGUCGUUCACCUGUUCGUCGUUCACCUGUUAGACGCUCUCCUGUUCGACGUUCACCAGUUCGUCGUUCACCCGCAAGAAGAUCGCCUGUCCGUCGUUCACCUGUAAGAAGAUCUCCAGCUCGGAGGUCUCCCGUAAGGAGGUCUCCAGUUCGAAGAUCGCCAGCACGCAGAUCUCCAAUCCGUAGAUCGCCGAGGCGUUCACCUGUCCGCAACCAUUCUCCUCGUCGUCCUUCACCACGUCGUUCACCGGUUAGGAAGUCACCGGUCCGCCAUAGAUCUCCUGAUCGCCGUGACAAAGAACGUCCGCGUCGAUCACCCGAACCCAAGAAAGAUAGCGCCUAUGUUGAAAAGAAGCCUGCUGCCGUCUCUGGUUUACAGGCCAAAUUGAUGCAAAUGGCCGGACAGGAUACUUCAUCACUUGCUAUUGUUGCUGCACCUUCUAAACGCCGUUCACCAUCGGUAUCUUCCAAGUCUUCUUCAUCACGCAGUUCCUCUUCGUCGUCAUCCCGUUCUGCCUCCCCCAUUCAACGUAAAAACAACAGUGUCCAGAACAAACGCAAUUACCGUGGGCACCAGAGUUCAUCCCCAGAAGCCCAACGCCGUGCACAACGCGGCAUGGAUCGUGGUCGUGGAGUGCCAGAUCGCGACCGGGGAAUGCCAGAUCGCCAAGUCGAUAAGGGUCGUGAUCGGGAAAAGGAGCGUGAACGCCUUCCCGCUCGUGAUAAAGGUCGUGAAAGAGAAAGGCCAACAGCUGGUGGACUUCAUAGCAGUAGAGGGAAGGGCGGCUCUGGCCGUGGAAGUCGCAGUCUGUCACGUACUCCAUCACCGUUUAGAAAGGAGAGUGAAUCCCGUUUAAAGGGUCGUGCACAUUCUGAGAGCCCGGUAGCAGAGGCGAAGCGUGAUCUAAAAAGUGAUAAACGCAAAGAAGUUGAAAGAGACCAAUCCCCUGUGGGAAAAGUUUUGAAGAAGCGCAAGCCAUCCCCUUCGCCUAUCAAAAAGAAGAAGAGGAAGUCAUCGUCAGGAUCUGAGGAAUCAGAAAUAGAAGAAUCCGAGUCUGGAGAAUCUUCGAGCGUUGAAUCGACUCCGGACAAGAAGAAACGCAAGAAGGAGAAAAAGAAGAGGAAGGAUACCUCUUCUGAAUCGUCAGAGGAAUCUGGCGAAUCAGAAGAAGAAGAGAGAAAGAAGAAAAAGAAGAACAAGAAAGAGAAGAAGAAGAAGGAAAAGAGGAAGAAGGAAAAGAAGAAGAAAUCUAAGAAAAGCAAAUCCAAAAGGCGUCACGAUUCCGACGAGGAGUCAGAGGAUGGCAUAGUCACGCCGUCGGUGGAAUCGGAAGCUUUGGAGAGACAGCUGAGAGAAAAGGCGUUGGAGUCGUUGAGCCGACGCAAAGAGCAGCGCAAAUAAUUUGACAUCCGAAUCCAACGUAUAGUAAAUUCAACGAUUUUUUUCUUCUUCAUUUUUCAAGUUUGCUUAACAACGUCCGUGGUGGAAACUUCAUUCAUGUCGCCAUUCGUUUAGUUUCUCAAGCAUCUUUCCAUUUUCAAAAGUAGCGUUAACACUUUUUAAAAAUAAAUUGAUUGAAGUGAA